AUGGAAUUACCAACAUAUAAUGGAACUUGUCAUCCGGAUAAAUAUAUUAAAAGAAUGCGUGCAUAUUGUAAAAUAAAUCAAAUUACAAAUGAAAAUGAAAUACUUGAAUUAUGUAUAUUAAUGUUAGAUUCUAUUUUAACUAUUCCUAAUGAAAUUAAUUCCCUUGAUGAAUUGACUACAUCUCUUAAAUCACAUUCAACUUUUAAUAUAUUUAAAAAUACUUGUAAAGCGAAAUUAAAAUUUUUAAAAUAUGUUUCUGAAAAAGAAGGAGGAAAUACGGCCAUUUUCCUUGCAAAUUUUCGUUCACUUUGUGAUGAUGCAGAAAUUGAUGAUGUUGAAGAAAUUACAAACUAUCUUUUAAAUACUUUAUCAUCAGAUAAAUUCCUCAAGGUUGAAUUUAAAAGAAAAUUAAAUGGUAUUAAUUCAGUUGAUGAAAUAUUAGAAAUAUUUAGUGAUAUCGUAAUUGAUGAAUUAAAUGUUAUUAGAUAUGGUUCUUUAGUAGCAUUUAAACAUGUUGCGACUGGAAAAUAUUUAUCUAGUUGUAAUAAAAAUUAUUCAACAGGUUCAGGAUUUCAAAUAGUAUUUGCGAAAAAUAAUUUAUCACCAAACUCUGUGUGGGUUAUUUCAAAAAAUGUCCAAUUGCCAAAUGAACCUUUUGAUAAACCUCUUUCAUAUGGAAAUCCCUUUUAUUUGAUACAUAAAGUUAGUGGUAAUAAAUUAGAUAUGGAUAAAAGAUAUAAAUCUCCUACAACUAAACAUGCUGAAGUGUGUACAGCGCCUACAGUAUCACAACCUCAGAGAUUGCGGCUUAUAGCAAUUAAUCCCGUAAAUAAUGACAAUAAUAACAAUAAUAAUUGCAUAUUAUCAAAAGAAAUAAUUAAUAUACAAAAUCUUGAGACUAAAUUAAUUUUAAGAAGUCACGAUUUCACAUUUACUCUUGCUAACAAAAAUUAUCAAGAAGUUGUCGGCCAUGAUAAAAGAAUGGGUGGUAAUGAUGAGUGGUGUAUUGAACUUCUUGAUGGUACACAACUUGAAUAG